AAGAAAUAGGGCUAGUCAAAGUACUCAAUUGUGUCCUCUUUUUUUCCGAAUUUAAAUGCUCAGUUGUGUCAUCAAGGUUUGCUUGAUCUAGAAAUGGCUUUUCUAUCUCUACAGUUUAAUUCAUUCUUGAUCAUAUCAGCGAUUCUUCUCUUCUCAGCCUUUUUCGCAGCAGGCCAAUCGGACUGCGCAUUAAAGUUGGGCUUCUCGUUAACUACUGAAGACACUAGCCCGUGGAGCUCGCCUUCAGGUGAGUUUGCCUUCGGAUUUAGGCGUCUUCAGCGAUCUCCGUCUGACAAUGAAGAUCUCUUCUUGUUAGCCAUUUGGUUCAAUAAAAUACCAGAACAAACUAUUGUUUGGUCCAAAAACGAGUUUCCAGUACCUCAGGGAUCAAAAGUCGAGCUGACAAAUGAAGGGAAACUCAUUCUCUACGAUUCUCAAGGGAUAGAAAUAUGGACGGCUCCAAGUAACGGUAGAUCCACCUGUGCUGCCAUGCUUAAUUCAGGGAACUUUGUGCUAAUAAAUGGAGAUUCUAACAUAUGGGAGAGCUUCAAAGAGCCUACUGAUGUAAUAUUGCCUGACCAGACCAUAAGUAUGGGUACAUAUCUCUAUGCGCGCCAAUCUGAGACGAAUUAUACGAAAGGUAAAUUUCGGCUCAGUAUGCAAAGGGAUGGAAAUCUUGUGCUGUACCCUAUAGUUUGGCCAUCUGAAGAUACAAGUGAUGCUUAUUGGGCUAGUAAUACUCAGAGCUCGAAUCCUGAUGUUCAACUUAUUUUCGACACGGCUGGUUAUCUCUACUUAAAAGACGGGAAGGAAAACAUUCUAAACAUCACGGAAAAAGACAUGGGUUCACCACAGGAAUUUUACCACAUGGCAAGGAUUGAUUCUGAUGGAGUUUUCAGAGCCUAUAACCAUCCAAGAAAGAAUUACGCUGCUGAUGCCAAAGGUUGUACAUCGGCUUGGUCUACUAUACAAAGCAUACCAGAAGAUUUGUGCAAAGCAGUCAUCGGAGAUCUUGGGAGCGGGGCUUGUGGAUAUAAUAGCUACUGUUUUAACUCAAAUGGAAAGCCACAAUGUCGCUGCCCGGAAGGAUACUCUCCCGUUGACUCAUUGGAUAUGUUGAAAGGCUGCAAGCCAAAUUUUCAAUUGCCUAGUUGCCAGCAAAAUGGAUGGGAAUUGAACAUGGAGUUCAUAGAGUUUAAGGAAUUGAAUGAAACUGACUGGCCCUUAAAUGAUUAUGAACUACGGACUGGAUCAAGAGUAGAUAAGGAUACGUGUAAAGAAUUCUGUCUCCAGGAUUGUUUUUGUGCAGCUGUUAUAUAUGAUAAGAACUAUUGUUGGAAGAAGAAGUUCCCCCUUUCAAAUGGAAGACAAUCCGCAGGUUUGACUAGAACUGCCCUUAUCAAGGUCCCAAAAAGCAACACGACAGACUUGUGCCUCAAAAGAAAAGAUCAGUCUACUUUAGUUCUUGUUGGAUCACUACUUCUUGGUAGUUCGGUAUUCCUAAAUUUUCUUCUGUUGCUAACCAUACUAGUUGGUGUUUUCUUCAUAUAUCACAAGAAGAUGCUAAAUUUACAGUUUGAUUCUACCACAUUUGGGUUGAGAAGGUACACGUACAAAGAACUCGAGGAGGCAACUGGAGGCUUCAAGCAGCAACUAGGCAGGGGAGCUUUCGGAACGGUCUAUAAGGGUGUCACCCCUUCACUUCCGAAGCGAUAUAUUGCCGUUAAGACGCUGAAUAAGGUUGAACCAGAUGGAGAAAAAGAAUUCAAAACGGAAGUACAAGCAAUUGGACAGACUCACCACAAAAAUUUAGUCACUCUACUAGGUUAUUGUGAUGAAGGAGAAAACCGGCUUUUGGUUUAUGAAUACAUGAGCAAUGGAUCUUUGGCUACCCUUCUAUUUGGGGUAUCCAGACCUCAUUGGAACCAACGGUUGCAAAUCGUAUGUGGUAUUGCAAGAGGUCUGAUGUACUUGCACGAAGAAUGCAGCACACAGAUAAUCCACUGUGAUGUGAAGCCUCAAAACAUACUUUUGGACGAGUUCUUGAUGCCUAAGAUUUCUGACUUUGGAUUAGCAAAACUUUUGUUGGCCGAGCAAAGUCGAGCAGCACGAACAAACAUUCGAGGGACAGUAGGUUACUUCGCCCCUGAGUGGUUUAGGAAAGCAUCUAUCACUGUGAAAGUUGAUAUUUAUAGCUUCGGAGUGAUGUUACUCGAGAUCAUUUGCUGCAAGUCAAGUGUUGUAUUUGCAAUGGGAGAAGAAGAGGAGGCUCUAAUCGAUUGGGCCUACGAUUGCUACAGCAAAAAGAAACUAAACAAAAUGGUGGAAAAUGAUGAGGAAGCAAGGAAUGACAUGAAAAGUGUAGAAAGGCUAGUGAUGGUGGCAAUUUGGUGCAUUCAAGAGGAUCCUUCAAUAAGGCCUUCCAUGAGAAUAAUUACACAGAUGCUUGAAGGAGUUGCUGAAGUUCCCAUCCCUCCUCGUCCUUCAGUAUUUAGUUCGUCUUGAAUUAUCAGUCUUGAUUUCAUAUGAAUGAUAAUAUAGAUAUAUAUUCUUUGCUGGUUGUAGAGUAAUGCUUGACUAGAAGUUUGCUUGCAAAGUUUUAUGUUUAAGCAAAGCAAUCAUCUUCUUCGAAUUCUAUGUAAAAUUUUACUCUAUCUAGUAGCCUUAAUGCC